AAUUUGUGGCACCGUCUAUUACGCAGCAAAAUAAAAGAGGUGGGUCAUACAUAUUUUAGCCGUUAGUAACUCCCCGUCAAAUGAAGCAAGGAAAGAGCUUUAUCCAAAGGAAAAAACUAGCCGUUUAGUACCAAAACCAAACAAGACUCUUCUGAAUACUAUCCUUUUGUUGUUCACCCAGAGACUCCCUACUCUCUCUCUCUCUCUCCCCCAAAUCCAAAGAUUCCCUCACUUUCUUUCUCCUCACUUUGUUCCUCCACCACCUGCUCUCUAUUUCUCUCAUAUUUUUUUUGAGCUUCUCUUUCUCUCACAUUAAUCUUCGGUUUCACUCACCAACGUUAGAUUGUCUGUACUGAAUACGAAAGAGAGAGAAGAUCAAAUUCCAUUCUAUCUCAAUCCUCUGCUUCAAGUUCCAAAAUUUCUUAUACUUCCCAUAAAAACAUCAGCUCUUAGCUCAUGAAUCAAUCACAGACAUACCCUCUUCAGUUUCGACAUUUUACACAAAAAUGGAUUAGUGUUCGAUGUUCUUCUUCUUCUCAUACCCACCUCCUCCUGUUCAUUCUGCUACUCCUUUUCGCCUCUGGAUUUGCUUCAGACCAAGAUUGGGAUGGGGUGGUUAUAACCCAAUCAGAUUUCCAAGCUCUCAAAUCCCUCAAACACGAAUUCACCGAUUCUAGAGGACAUUUGAGGAGCUGGAAUGACACUGGCUAUGGAGCUUGCUCAGGUGGGUGGGUUGGAAUCAAGUGUCUCAAAGGUCAAGUCAUUGCUCUCCAGCUUCCAUGGAGGGGCUUAAGUGGUCGAAUCUCCGAGAAAAUCGGUCAGCUUCAAGCUCUUCGAAAGCUCAGCCUCCACGACAAUGCUCUCACUGGUGUUUUCCCCAACUCUCUCGGGUCUCUCCCCAAUCUCAGAGGACUUUAUCUAUUCAAUAACCGCAUUUCGGGUUCAAUCCCGCCUUCAAUUAGUGGCUGCCCUGUUCUUCGGACCCUUAAUCUCAACAACAAUAAGCUCACUGGUACAAUUCCUUCUAGUCUUGCAAACUCUACCAAGUUAUACAGAAUCAACCUGAGCUUCAAUUCAAUUUCGGGUUCUAUACCGGUUAGUCUUUUUGGGUCUUUUUCGCUAACCUUCAUUGCUCUCCAACACAACAAUCUCUCUGGCUCUGUUCCUGAUUCCUGGGGUGGAAAUGAAACAGAGAAGAAGAUCAAUCAACUUCAAAUCUUGACCCUUGAUCAUAAUCAGCUCUCUGGAACCAUUCCAGCAACAAUUGGAAACAUAUCCAGUAUAACCCAAUUUGAUUUUUCCAACAACAAUUUCACUGGAAAAAUCCCAACUUCACUCUCCAACUUACCCAAUCUCACUCACUUCAAUGUCUCCUACAAUAAUCUCUCAGGCUCUGUUCCUUAUCUCCUUUCCGAAAGAUUUGAUCCGAGCUCUUUUGUUGGGAAUUCUCAACUCUGUGGGUAUAUUACCUCAACUCCAUGUCCUUCUCCCCCACCCCAAACUCUUCCCUCUCCACCACCAUCGAGUUCAAAUCAUCGCGAUCGCAAAUUGAACACCAAGGACAUAAUCCUCAUAGCAGCCGGAGCCCUCCUGGUGAUUCUACUGCUUUUGUGCUCUGUUUUGCUCUGUUGUCUGAUCAGGAAAAAAGCUGCGAAACGAAACAACGGCAAGAAAACCGGUCAGGCUGUUUCGGGGAGAGGAGAGAAGGGGGUUCCUGUGGUUGGGGGUGAAAUUGAAUCGGGUGGUGAAACUGGGGGCAAAUUAGUCCAUUUUGAUGGUCCAUUUGUGUUCACAGCUGAUGAUCUGUUGUGUGCAACGGCGGAGAUAAUGGGGAAGAGCACGUAUGGGACGGUGUACAAGGCGACUUUGGAGGAUGGUAAUCAUGUUGCUGUAAAAAGGCUGCGAGAGAAGGUUGCGAAGGGGCGGAAAGAGUUUGAAAUCGAGGUCGUGGAGCUUGGGAAGAUUCGACAUCCGAAUAUAUUAGCCCUCAGAGCAUACUAUUUGGGACCCAAAGGAGAGAAGCUUCUUGUCUUUGAUUAUAUGCCUAAUGGGAGUCUUGCAACCUUUCUCCAUGCUCGAGGGCCUGACACUCUGGUAACCUGGCCAACAAGGAUGAACAUAGCAAUGGGAAUCGCACGUGGACUACGCUGCCUCCACAACCGAGAGAACAUAGUACAUGGGAACCUCACAUCAAGCAACAUAGUACUCGACAAACAAACCAAUCCAAAGAUCACAGAUGUAGGCCUCUCGCGGCUCAUGACUAGCGCUGCCAAUACAAAUGUGAUUGCCACAGCAGGCACAUUGGGCUAUCGGGCGCCAGAGCUCUCAAAACUCAAAAACGCCACCACAAAGUCCGAUGUCUACAGCCUUGGGGUGAUCAUGUUGGAGCUCUUGACAGGGAAAUCAGCUAGUGAGGCAACAGAUGGGGUUGAUUUGCCUUCUUGGGUGGCCUCAAUUGUGAAAGAGGAUUGGACUAAUGAAGUGUUUGAUGUGGAGCUUAUGAGGGAUGCAUCGAAUUCAGGGGACGGAUUGCUUCAGACAUUGAAAUUGGCUUUGCAUUGUGUUGAUCCGUCUCCGGCAGCAAGGCCUGAAGCUCAGCAAGUUCUCCGGCAGCUGGAGGAGAUUAGGCCGGAGAUGGUUGCCAGACCUGGCGAUGAUAGUAACAAAGCUGCUGCAUAAGUGAAGAAGGUUUUGGAUAGUUUGAAAUUGGAAGUGUUUUAUUAUUAUUAUUUUUUUAUUACAAGAAUGGCUUGUUUAAUUUGUUAUAUGUGUAUAUAAAAUCUAUAUGAGUUUAUUUAUUUAUUUCAUUUGGGUUGUUGUUGAAAUGUAGGAUUGUAAUAAAAUUCUUUCUAUUCAUAUUCAAGUGAACGAAAUAAAAUAGUUAUUUAUUUUAUUUUAUUAA